AUGUAUUCAGACACCGUCACCAGAUUCAUCACCCAGGGUGCCAAAUUGUACUCUAGCAAAGACUAUGAACAGGCCGCCACCAGCUAUGCCGACGCGUGUGCUGCAUUCAAUGAGGAGCACUCACGGGACGACCCGGACCUUCUUUUACUCUACGGAAAAGCCCUCUUCCAGAACGGCGUGGCCAAAUCUGGCGUAUUGGGUGGUGUGAGUACGGUGAGCAGAUCGGAAGAUCAAUCAAGUGGCCUGGCAGAAAACCAGGAUGACGAGGAUGAGAGCGGAUUUCAGUUCCACGAAGGCACGGCUGAAGGGGACAUGGACGACGAGGAAGAGGAUCACGUGCCCCUGGCCGAAGAAGACGGGGAUUCUGACACAGAAACCGCCGGCGAGGCAGGCAACGCCGACAACUCGGACGAUGAGGAAGGUGCUCCCGAAGAAGAGCAGUCGGAUUUCGAGGCAGCUUGGGAUAUCCUCGACCUCACGCGGGCAUUGUUGGAGAAAGUCGUGGAGGAUUCGGCGCAAAACGCCGCGGAUUUGCAGCCGCCAUAUUUGGUCUCUGAUGACGCGGAGCCAUCCAAUAAAUAUGUCGAGACCAUCAAGAAAUUGUCCGAAACCUACGACCUUCUUGGCGAAGUGUCAUUGGAGACCGAGAACUUUCUGCAGGCAGCGACGGACUUGGAGGCCUGUCUAGAAUUGCGCAAGAAAUUGUACAGCGGGACCACGUCCUCGUGGAUCUCGGAGUCCCACUACAAGUUGUCGUUGGCCCUUGAAUUCUGCAUUGAGGACCCGGACCUGAGAUCCAAGGCCGCCGGUCACGUGAGACUGGCAAUCGCAGUGGUUAAGGCCCAGGCAGAGAACCAGCCCGACUUGGACGAUACGAAAAAGACUGAAAACGCGGGCUUGCUCCGUGAUUUGGAAGAGAGGCACAAAGAACUCCAGAAGGACCCCGAGAAGGAGGUCGAGGCCGAGCAGUUGGACAUCAUCAAGGGUCUUUUGGGCGAGGCUGUGGCUGGCUCUGGGGCCGCACGUGCAUUCACCGAAACGGCGGAAAAGCCUACAGUGAACGACUUGUCCUCGAUGGUCAAAAAAAGAAAGGCCAAGCCGGUGAGCGAUGCGGCAAAAAAGCCCAAGAAGGAAUAG